AUGCGGACUGAAGGAAGCACUUCACGGGCAGAAGGGACUACGCCAAAACCAGCAAAUGCAGCAGGGAACCGACCGAAAGUGCCUGCGCGGGUUUAUGCUUUGGGCCAUCAGGAGGUGACUGACCAUUCGGCAGUCAUCGAAGGUACGCUUUCUAUAUUUCGGCGUACCGCAAGAGUGUUAAUAGAUCGUGGUACUACCCAUUCUUUUGUGAGUCCUGCAUUUAUGGAACAUAUAGAUAUUAAAGCAGGAAAGCUGCCAUAUGAUUUAGAAAUAAAGACUCACAUUACCAAUAAGAGCAUCCUUGCCAAUAUGAUGUACAAAGACUGUGACGUGUGGAUAGGGGAACGAAAGUUAUCGGUAGAUUUAAUAGAGUUAGCUCUUAAGGGGUACGAUCUUAUAUUAGGUAUGGAUUGGCUAGCUAAGUAUCAUGUACGCCUAGACUGCAGUACGAAAAAGGUUGACUUUCACAUACCGGGUGAGCCUACAUUGCAAUUAGAUGUACGAGGAAAGUUAGCCUCCACCACUCUUAUUUCUGGGAUUCAGACCCGGAAAUUGCUAAGUAAGGGUGCCUGA